GGGUUCGCCGCUGGAGCGCGGCUGGGCUGCGGCUUUUGUUGCCGGGCCCGGUUCCCCGCCGCGGGGGCGGAGCCUGCGAAGUUUGGGCUCCCGCUGCCCCUCGCCGGCGGCUGGGAGCGACGUCAGGGGCGCUGCGCUGCGCUCGGCGAGGGGUGCCCACGUGUGACCAGCUGAAACUAGUUCUGAAGACACAAAGGGAAGGAGCUGGGGAGCGCGGCGGCGGCGGCGGCGGGGCAGCGAGCGAUCAACGCCCGGGAGCCGCGCGGAGACCGAGCGAAGCUCAGCGGCCGGACAAAAUGCAGAUCCGUGGAUUCUUCCUCCUCCUGGUGCUGAUCCUCAUGGCUGCAGCCUCUGAGGCUGGUAAAAACAAGAAAGACAAGGUGAAGAAGAACGGCUCUGAGUGUGAGGAUUGGCGCUGGGGGCCUUGCACCCCAAACAGCAAAGACUGUGGUGUGGGCUACCGCGAGGGGACCUGCAAGGAGGAGACUAAGAGACUCAAGUGCAAGAUCCCCUGCAACUGGAAGAAGGAGUUUGGAGCUGACUGCAAGUACAAGUUUGAGAGCUGGGGCGGGUGCGAUACUGCUACUGGUCUAAAGGCCCGUUCAGGCACCCUGAAGAAAGCCCUGUACAAUGCCGAGUGUCAGGAGACCAUUCAAGUGACCAAGCCCUGUUCUCCCAAGACCAAGUCAAAAUCCAAAGCCAGGAAAGGGAAGGGGAAGGACUAGAAGGGACGGGCUGACCCUCCUGUCUCCUAGACACGGUGCCUGAACCCAUCUGGACAUACACCACUCGGCGCUGCAGCAUGGCCCCCCCGCUCGGCAAUGUUUUGCCAAAUUCCAUUCUUCCUCCUCCCCCAACUUCAUCCUUAACUGUGAUGCCUUUUUUAAUCACUAGUUGUGUAGAGACCAAAUCCGCCCUCACCUGAAGGAGGUGCUGUUUACCUUCCCCAUACCUACUCUGUGCCACUGUCUGGUGCCUUUUUUGGACCCUAGUGUUCCCUUCUCUGCUUCUGUUUUCAGCUAUUCAGUGCGAUGUGCGUGGGGCGCUCUGGGCUGGGAGCAGCUGGAGCCCUUCACGUUUUUGGACCCUUUGCUGGAGCUAAGUGGCCUUUGGCACAUCUCUGGGAAGCUUGUGACCCGUCUGAGUCACAGUGGUGCUUUAAGGAAAAAGAAAAGCGAACCAGUGAACUAGCAAGUGACCCAGUCACAGAGGGCAGGGAUGAUGAGAGCAGGAAGGAAUGAGCCCCAGUACCCUGCUGGGCUCACGUGCAAUGGAAACAUUUGGAGAUGUCUCGUUAUUUCUGGUUUCCUUGACUUUGCAAGAGGCACAAUGUGUGCCUCCCAGCAGUGGUCUGCUGUGUGCCUCUAGCCUCCCCCACUUCACCUGCAUUUGCUCACAAAUUGUUCACCCAAGGACUGGCCUCUUUGGUCAGGGUGACCCCUUCCUGCUGCCUGCUUUUCCACCAGCAGAUGCAAACCCAAGGAUCCUGCAGCAACCAGGAAAAAAAUCUCUCCCAGGUUCAUGGGCCUUUCCCUUUUCUCUUCCUUUCCCUUCUGUUUCUUCUAAUCCGUGUCUGUGCUGGGCCACUGUGGCCUCUCCCUGCUUUCUGCUCUCACACAGGUGUUGGGCCAGCCCGCACUACUUUUGGAUUUUUUUUUUCUUUUCCAAUAAAAGUCUUUAAAAAAACAAA